GUCGUUCGCCCCUCGGAUGGUUGCACCAGAGAACACGUUGCACUGGUUGCACCUCCGUGUGCCGUGUUCUUUGACCACUUUGACGUACAGUACACACAGCGCGCAGCAACGGCUAUGCUUGUUCGGAUGUGUUUCAAGCAGCUGUAAUGGAGAUGGUGACUUCUGGCAUCGUGCUGCUCGUCAUGUGCCAUGUCGGAGCGGCGGAAAUGUGGUGCUAUUCAUGCAUCAGCAACCAGCCCGGCUGCAAGGAUGAGGUGAACUGGCUCAUUCACCAUGCCAUCACGUGCCCUCGAGAUGAUGACAAGUGUGUCAAGAUCGUUGAACGCAAGGGCUCGGAAGUAUUGUACACACGAGACUGCCUGUCCAAUCUGGAGGCAUAUCGGCACGACAUCCCGGCGGACACUUACGAGGGCUGCCGGCCUGCAGCUGAGAGCCCCAAGCUGGCUGUCUACGUUGACAAUAACAUUAAGGAGCUCGAGCUGAAACGGGACUACUAUACGUCUGUGGAGUACUGCUUCUGUGAGUUCUACUACUGGUGCAACGGUGCACGUGGCAUGAUACCCACGAUGCCCCUCCUGCUGCUGCUGUUGCCGCCAUUGCUGCUGGCGUGGUACCCAUAAAAGACGGCCAGCUCGGUUUGCCACAUCCAAUAUUUGUGCUGAACUGACUGCAGCAAAGAGCUUUGAAUCUCACACUGUGCAGCGUAAAUGAAAACUCAAGAUGGGUGAGCACAAAAAAAAGAAAAAAACCCAGCUCAACAGUGGUUGUCAGUCAAGCUGACACAUUUCUGGUAUCUACAAGUGCCUUAUCCCACUGUGUGUGUCAUUUUUGAUUGUCUUUCAUCUAAACAGGCUGACUGUGCCAUUGCAUCAUUGUACCAUUCGGGGGUAUACAAAAAGACUUCACUAUAGUCGGAUACAACUUGAGAAAGCAGGAGAGGCCAAGAUGAUCAAAGCUCUGCAGUCUCGGUGACUUAAGAAAUCGUCAUGCACCUGAUGAUAUUCUCCGACGGUAGGGUCACAGACCAUCUGACAUUAGUCUAGAGCUCAUUGUUGCUGAUCAUGAUGAAUUUCUUGCAGUGCUCACGAGUAGGAUGACGGAUGGAAGAAGCAAUCUUAAUGUAAUUCAUUGUGGCCGGCUUGUGACAUCAGCCUAGAGCUCAUUGGUGCAGGAUUGUGUGCCUUUGAGAUGGAAAUGGUGCUGCCUUCUAAGGUUGUACCCGACUAUAGUGCAUGUGGUGAAUGCAUCCGAGACAGCCUGAAUGAGCGUUCAUAAUUUGUCUCAAUGUGGUGCAUUGUCAUUGGCAUCCUGUGGGAAAAUGUUAUUUCGUCGUUGCCUUGUUUGCGUGGCUGCUAUGAAAGUUGGUGCUAAUGCUGUGAAUUUGGUUUCAUACCUGGAUGUAACAUGCAAGCAAUUUUUCGGACCAAUUUUUUUGCCAAAAUACUUCAGGUUAGAGUAAAUACUCGGCUUAUGUGUUUGCCGGGCGUGUGCACUGCCAAGCUCAGGAAUGAAGGAGCCAGUUCUACAAUUGCUUACCUGGCGGUUUUAUUGUCGUGGUCAGAGAGGAAGCUUUACCGUUUGUAGAAUCUGAAAGGACGUUAUUGUGCGGAAAACAAAGAAUUUAAAAGCUUACAAUUUAAUAACUGUGCACUGAAAUUAGAGAUCUGUGAAAUGGGACACUAAAGUGAAACAAUGAAUCGGCUUAUAUUGAUAAAUUGUGCUCUGAGGACUCUAAUGUCGUUAAUUUUGCCAUCAUAUGUUUAUUAAUAGAGGAGACAAUCAUGGUCAAAGAUUCAUUUCAAAAUUUUGCGCCAAAAUCUCUGCACUUAAUAUCUUAGAUUUCAAAGUGUAAUUUUCAUAUUUUGGUGACAUUGGCUCAAUGAAGUUUCCUGAAACUUGGUAUCUUAGGUCUAUAGCCCCUCAUAGGAAAAUGUACUUAAUUUUUACCGACUAAGAACUGCAUGUGACAGUAGACGCCGUUAAAAUUUAUGAUGUCACGGCGUUUGGUGCGGAAAAUUGACUGUGGCGUCGCUAUCCACAUUUUCUUUUCGUGAAUUUUCUCGGUUACCAAGUGUCUUCUCGCGGUAAGAGUGGAGUUUUCGGUCUAAAAAGACAGGGCGUGCAAACACGGACACAAGAAAAAAGUCAGGACACCACAAACGCCGACUAACAACUGAAGAGAUGCACUACGGCAGAAAAGAAAGAAGGCACGAAAACUUAUCUGCGCAUGCCCAUGCAACAGGCGAACCUAUCAAUCCGGCACGCGUGGGAGUCUACAUGGAAGAUAACUGUUAAGGCAUUUGAUUUCAUCUUUAUGCAAGUUAAUCGACGGUUGGCUCAUGCAUGCGCUACCACUGUUCUCGAUAUGCCAUGCUUCAAUCAUCAGGCGCAUUUCUUCAUUUCUCUGCCGGUACAAUACUGCCCAUUCAUCGCCCAUUGUCUUUCCUACAAGAAGCGGACCGAUAUUUGUUUCAUAAAACACACCAACAAAUUCACUGAUUGCCGUGCAAGUGUGGUGUAUAAGAUCCCUUUCAGCUGCGGCCGCUUCUACGUAGGGCAGACGGGCCGAUGCAUUAACCAGAGAUUGUUGGAACAUAAGAGAUCGCUAACAGGAGGCUCACCUUCUAGUCUAUCUUUACAUUGUCGAGAUUGUAAGUGCACGCCAAAAUUCGAUAAAUGGGCAGUGUUGUACCGGCAGAGAAAUGAAGAAGCGCGACUGAUGAUUGAAGCAUGGCAUAUCGAGAACAGUGGUAGCGCAUGCGUGAGCCAACCGUCGAUUAACUUGCAUAAAGAUGAAAUCAAAUAGGUUCGCCUGUUGCAUGGGCAUACGCAGAUAAGUUUUCAUGCCUUCUUUUCCGCUGUUGUGCGUCUCUUCAGUUGUUAGUCGGCGUUUGUGGUGUCCUGACUUCUUUCUUGUGCUCGUGUUUACACGCCCUGUCUUUUUAGAAUGAAUACUUACCAACUAGCUCAGCUCUCUGUUAUUCUGGGUUUUCGGUAUUGUGAAAUUGUAAUUUACUAGUACGUGAAAAAUCGUUUUUCGCUUUAGUGUCCUUUUAAGGCACCUAAGUAGACAAAUUGGAUCUAUGCAUUUUUGAAUGCCUUGUUGGUAGUGUUCCAGGAAAUCACUAUUUGAACAAUCCGUACAUCUCUGAAUUGAUGUUUAUUACGCUGAAAUCAAGAUGGGUGUUUCACAGGGAUCAAUUUUAGGGCUUUGUUUAUAAUUUAUAUGUUUCAUGUAUGUGUCUUUUCAGUCAUAUACAGAUUAUAGAAGCAUAUUCUUCAAAGCUACAACCUAAUCGAAGCCAUGCAGCUGUCCUUCUACAUAUGAAUACUUUCAAAACAUUGUAGACAAUAUGAUUUUUGCUCCUCAAAUAAAAAUACUGUUUUCAGUGUGUUCUUUCUGAAGGUUAGUAAGGGUGGAAUGUGAAAAAAUUCAUGGGGUGUGCUUUUAGAUAGUAGAUAUGAUCAGGUAAACAGAUGCACAAAUUUCCAUACAGCUAAGUAGCACUGCUUGUAAGUUCUGCUGUGGCUGAAUGUUUCCUUGUGCUGCACAUUUUUUUACUCUCGUUUAACCUAUUUUAUUUUACUCAUUUCAGCUGUGGUACUGCAUUAAAAAUACUAUCACACAUUGAUGAUGUUAUAUUAUAAAAAAAGUCCUACGUGCAUUUGAGGCUUAUAGUGGUCAUACGCAAGGUUCCGGAACAAAACCAUUGUUGGUGAAAUAGAAGAUGUUAAAGGCACGGCUGCAUUGCAAUACCUAUAUUGGUGUAUUGUAAUGGCCCCGCCUUCUAAGGUUCCGUGGUUCUCGUCAACACUGUGUACGAGCACCAAAAAUAAGAAGCAUUCAUCGAAGAGAACUGAUUAGAGGACCUUCACUCUAAAUCUUGUACGUGACUGCGCUGACAAAGUUCUAGAGGAACUGAAGAAAUCGUGAAAACUGCUUCACAAUAUUAAAUUCAAACGAAGCCAUGAUAUAAAUUUUCACGUAUACUGGAACAAGGUAGACUAUACCCAUGUGGGUGGAAUUCUUGUAUGCAUCUUUUUAAUUGAGACAUUUUGGAUUGACACUUUAUCUUGUUUGAUUUGUGCGCUGUCUAUAGUCUGCGUGCCACAUUUUAUUGAGAACCUUCGACAGGGUUCUGCUUUUUUUUUCUGUACAUGUUUAAACAGAAGUAAAUUCAUUCUUUUAAGAC